AACAAAAUAUUUUUGUGUCCGAUUCUAACAUUUUCCAUUCCGUGUGUGUAAACAAUAAGUAUUUAAUUGAACAGUCACAGCAAAAAUUCUUAAAAUUUGGUUCAUAAUCGAACUACUAUACAAUCCACCGAAAAAAUACAGUACCGGGACACCAAUCACAUAUUCAAAUCAUCUUAAACUAACCUCAAAACGCUUCUGAACGUUUGAAAACAAAACCAUUUCGAAUCAGUAAACGUCUUCUGUGAUGGUCAAUGACAAAAAGCGCCGGUCCCGAUCAAAGGAAAGAUCGGAUUUUAAAGACAAAGACCGUGAACGUACUCGGGACCGAGAAAGAAGAUCGAAAGAAAGGGGCAGAUCUCGCGAUAAGGAACGGUCCGAUAAUCAGUCCAGAGACCAUCGGUCUCGGUCGAAGGAGAGACGACAAGAACAGCGUGUAUCGCGGCGGUCACGGUCAAAAUCUAAAGAUAAAGAUGGUAAGUCCACAAAGAAGAGUGACACCAAAGUUGAUUCGGUGAAAGUCGAACAGAAACCGAUAAAAGACGAGAAGGGAUAUAAGUUGGACAACGAAAAGUACUACAAGGAGGAGAAACCGACCGAUAAAAAUAUCAAGGAUGAGAAACCAUUGAAAGAUGAAAAAAACGAGGCGAAAAAGAAAGCUGAACCGUUGUCGUUGGAAGAGUUGUUGGCUAAAAAGAAGGCCGAAGAGGCAGCCGGAUCGAAACCUGUUUUCAUCACAAAAGAACAACGAGUGGCUGAGGCACUGAAGAGACGUCAAGAGGAAGUUGCUGCUAUGCGGGCAGCUCAAGCUACAACGCCUCGUUUUGGUGAUAUACCAGUGGUUCAACUGUUGAAUAAAGAGCGCAGAGAUCGGGAAAGAGAAGAUAAAUUCGAAAGGCGUGAACGAGAACGAGUCCGGUUUCAGCAACGCGAUCAACGAGACCAACGUGGUGAUCAGCGUGGCGACCAACGUGGUGAUCAACGUGGUGAUCAACGUGGCGACCAACGUGGUGAUCAACGUGGCGACCAACGUGGUGACCAGCGCGGUGACCAACGUGGUGAUCAACGUGGCGAUCAACGUGACAAAGAUGCUGGUGAAAAGGAUAAAGAAACGUCGAAGAGGUCUGAAGCUGAUCUUAGUUCGAAAGAUAAGGAAAAGGAAAUGGAGGCAAUCAGAGAGAGAUAUCUGGGUAUCAUGAAGAAGAAACGUCGUGUUCGUCGAUUGAAUGACCGGAAAUUUGUGUUUGAUUGGGAUGCUUCGGAAGACACAUCCGUGGAUUACAAUAAUUUAUACAAGGAACGCCAUCACGUGCAGUUUUUCGGUCGUGGGAACAUUGCUGGCAUUGAUAUCAAAGAACAGAAAAAGAAGCAGAGCCGAUUCUAUGGGGAUUUAUUGGAGAAACGUCGAACGGAAGCAGAAAAGGAACAGGAGAAAGUGAGAUUGAAGAAGGUGAAACGGAAGGAGGACAAACAGAAGUGGGACGAUCGUCAUUGGUCGGAAAAAGAUUUGGAUGAAAUGACUGAGCGCGAUUGGCGUAUAUUCCGUGAAGAUUAUAACAUCACAAUCAAGGGAGGUAAAAUACCGAAUCCGAUUCGUAAUUGGACGGAGUCUGGAUUUCCCAAGGAACUUCUGGAUAUCAUCGAAAAGGUCGGUUAUGCCGAACCAACACCAAUUCAGCGGCAGGCGAUUGCUAUUGGUCUUCAAAAUCGAGAUAUUAUUGGCGUGGCCGAAACAGGUUCUGGUAAAACUUUGGCUUUCCUUAUACCUCUAUUGGCAUGGAUUCAAUCGUUACCGAAAAUCGAACGUCUAGAAGAUGCUGAUCAGGGACCAUACGCAAUUAUCCUUGCGCCGACUCGUGAAUUGGCUCAACAAAUUGAGGAAGAAACAAAUAAAUUUGGAACACCACUUGGAAUCCGUACCGUCGUUGUAGUGGGUGGUUUGUCGAGAGAAGAGCAAGGUUUCCGUUUACGAUUAGGAUGUGAAAUUGUCAUCGCAACUCCUGGACGUUUGAUUGACGUGUUGGAAAAUAGGUACCUCGUGCUCAGUCAGUGUACCUACAUAGUAAUGGACGAGGCAGAUCGUAUGAUCGAUUUGGGCUUCGAACCGGAUGUACAAAAAAUCUUAGAGUUUAUGCCCGUGACAAAUCUAAAACCUGACACAGAAGAGGCAGAAGAUGCUGCCAAACUGAUGCAAAACUUUUAUUCGAAAAAGAAAUACCGGCAAACUGUCAUGUUCACAGCUACUAUGCCAAUUGCUGUGGAACGAUUGGCUCGAACGUACCUUCGCCGACCAGCCACAGUUUACAUUGGUUCAAUAGGCAAACCAACGGAACGAACUGAACAGAUCGUGUACAUGAUGGGUGAAAACGAUAAGCGCAAGAAAUUGAUCGAAAUUCUACAACGAGGCGUCGAGCCACCGAUCAUCAUUUUCGUGAACAAAAAGAAGGGUGUGGACGUUCUUGCCAAGGGAUUGGAAAAAUUGAACUACAAUGCUUGCACACUGCACGGUGGUAAAGGUCAAGAGCAACGUGAGUAUGCACUGGCAUCACUCAAAGGCGGAACGAAAGACAUUCUUGUCGCAACUGACGUCGCUGGUAGAGGUAUUGACAUCAAGGAUGUGUCGAUGGUCAUUAAUUACGACAUGGCUAAGUCUAUUGAGGAUUAUACACAUCGUAUUGGACGAACAGGUCGUGCUGGAAAAACGGGUGUUGCUGUUUCGUUUGUCACAAAGGACGACAGUGCUAUAUUCUACGAUUUGAAACAGUGUAUUCUGAACAGUCCUGUAUCUUCAUGUCCACCAGAAUUAAUGAAUCAUCCAGAAGCUCAACAUAAACCGGGCACGGUGGUAACGAAAAAACGAAGGGAAGAGAAAAUAUUCGCUUAAGGACAAGGACGAAAUCUCUGCAGAUUAUUUGUGAAAAGGAAUGAAAUAAAUUGGGGUUUUCUGCCCUUCUCAAUAUU